AUGGAGGCUGGGGAGCCCCAACAUGGAGCCUCUACUCCCCUCGCUGCCAUGGCGGAUUUCAGUGUUAUGCCUGAGGCUCUCAUGAGGAGCAGCCAGAUCCCUGCCUUGGAGCCCACAGCUCAAGAAGACCAGGACCCGUCCUAUAAGUGGACAGAAGAACACAGACCCUUAGUGACCCAGCAUGGAAAGUUAAAGGAUGUGAGUGACUAUGCAGCUCAGAGUAUGCCCUCUUACCCCAAGGAAUGUUCUGCAGAUGUGGAGAACCAUCAGGAAAACCUUGUGGCUGAGGCUGGUAACACUGAAGAUGGCCAGGAGGUAGUGCCCCAGAGCCUGGUAGACAGACAAGCAAGGACACCAGCGCCCCCAGAGCUCUGGGCCUGCCCCAUCCAGGGUGAACAUCUAGAUGUGGUCCCAAUAUCCAGUGAACUGGGCAGCCAGAUGGAGGUGGAAUUUUGGCCGGAUCUCACUUCUUUGACAUUGGGCUCUGGACAAGCAGAAGAGAAGGAGGAAACCUCUCCAGAAACCUCUGAUCAGACCAGAUUUUGGCCUCCCUGUGAAGAGCACCAUGCAGAGACCAACCAGACUGAGGGCUCUGAAGGCGGAAGUGUCAGGCAGGAGGAAGAACUGCAGUCGGAGGAGGCACAGGAAAGUCAAGGGCGAGAAGGGCUCUUGCAUCCCCAGGAGCUCCAGGGGCUGGAGGAGCAGAGACAGCAGGAAGUGGAAUUUCAGGGGGAAGGAGCUCUGGGGGACAGUGUGUGUUCUGAUGGGCUUUGGGGGCAGCAGGAACAGAUGGUAGAGCAGGUCAAUGGUAAAGAGGGAGGACAAAGUCCAACCCAGGGACAGGUACAAGAGGUUGUGAUGCUGGGAACACAAGGAGAAAGGGAGAGACUCAGUGGGGAAUUGGAGGGUCUGGACUAUAGUGAGUGGGGUCCAGAUGACAGGGAGAGGAGGACUGAGGGUCAGGGAGAUCCAGAAUGGGGGGAACAGAGGGACAGGGCAUUGAGGAGUCCAGAAGAAAGUAGGGUAGGCUCUCAGUAUGUGCAGAAUAAAAGCUUAAUGGGGAAAUCAGAGGAACCAGCUGGGAAACAAGAAGAUCUGGGUCUAAAGGGGAAAGUGAUGGCAGUCGAGUGGCAGGAGGAGGAGGCAGGAUCAAGUGAGGAGGAGCCAGGGAAUUGGGAUGGGAGCUGGCUGGGGAGCACUGGAGAGGAGAGGAGUACGGAAGAAGAGGCAGAACAUGAUGGGCUUUCGACACCCGCUCUGGUAGCCCCUGCAGUCUCUUCUCUCUGUGACUCGUUUCCAGAUGCCUCAUAUCCCAUGAUGCAGAUUCCUGGGACUCAGACAGAGCCCAGGGCUGAGGAACUGUCCCCCAUAGCUCUGACUCCUACACUGGAGCCAGUUGGAUGGGCUGACCAGCCCAUUUCUCUACCUGGCUCCUUCUUCCCUGAGGAGUCACCUAACAAUGAAACAGCUCAAGACAGCCAGCAAGAGGGACCUGAGCUGAGGAAAAGGACAAUGUCCAGCCAGGGGACUGAAGUGGCCUCUGCCUGUACAUCUAGGACUCCUCCGAGGACACCAGAUUCAGCUCCUUCCAGUCCUGCUGAAGUCUCCCCCAUCACAGCUGCUUCAUCAUCUGCCAGCCCCCCAACUGCCUUGCCCAGGAGGGAGUCCCCUCUUGCUGCAUCUUCUCCAGAAACCUUCAGAGCCUCUCUCUCAACUGACAACUCAUCUCCCUUUGGGCCUCCUGAGACUCUCCCAGCUGCUCUCCAUGGCUUCCCCCCUGCGGAAGCCCCCAUGGACCCACGUGCUGGUGCUGAUAGGGCCCGCCCUCCUAGCCCCCUAGCCAACUGCAUGGGAGCUGGCCCACACCUAAGGAGCAACUCCUUCCCAGGCUCCCACAGGACAGAGCAGACUCCAGACCUGGUGGGAAUGUCACUGUCUUUGUCUCACUCAGAGUUGCCCCAGAGGCCCCCGAAACCUGCCAUCUAUGGCUCCAUGAUCCCAAGAAGGGACAGGAGAAGUGGAAGGGACUGCAGCAUCGUUUCAGAAUCCCCUCCUGUGUUGUCCAGUCUGAGGCAGGACUCUCAAGAAUUCACCUCAAAUCCAGAGAGGCCCAGUAGCCCUCGCUGCAGCCAGCCGUGGGGCUCCCCACACAAUGCAGCCUCUGCAGCCGAGUCUCCUGCCUGUGGUUCUUCUCCAUCCCUUGUCUCCAUGGAUAUGAGGAUACACGAACCUCUGCCCCCUCCUCCCCUGGAGAAGAGGCAUGCCCACCCCUCCACGCUGGAGAGAGAUGGCCAUCUUCAUGCAGGGGUCCCUACCCUGAAGCGGUAUGGCCAUCCUCCAUUGGCCCUAGAUUCAGUGGUGCGUGGCCCCCCUAAAGGCCCACUUCCCCAAGUUCCUGAUCCCCUUGUGGCAAGGCAGCACCGACCUUUGCCAUCUACCCCAGACAGCCCCCGCCAUACCCAGACCUCUUUCUCCCACAAGAUGCGAUACAACAAGCCGUUACCCCCAACUCCUGAUUUGCCCCAGCCCCAUCAUUCCCCCAGUAUCUCAAGGCUCUACAGGCCUCUACCCCCCAUUCCCCUCAUGGAUCCUCCCACUGAACCACCCCCGUUACCUCCAAAAUCCAGGGGGAGGAGCAGGAGCACUCAGGAAAGACUUAGGAAUGCAGGGGGCCAAGCCACACCAAGACCUGUUUGUCAAGACUGGACAGUCUCCGCUGCCCCCUUUGCUGGACGUACAUCCUGGCCCCCAGCCAUAGGCAGAUUAGCAGAGUCUUUGGAUUCCACCAGUAGGAAUAAGACUGAAGUGUCCCCUGGCAUGGCCUUCAGCAACAUGACAAACUUUUUAAGUCCCUCUUCCUCUACCUUGCCUCUGGAGCUCCAGCGACCCACCCCUAAGGAUGAGUCAGGGCUCUUGGAAGAGUCUGAGGUCCCUGCAAGAGGACCUGGGAGAAGAACAGCCCCUCAGGAAGGGGCCAAUGGCCCACGGAAGUCAGCUCCAAGCCGAGCAACACAGCCAGAAAAGCCCAGCCAUGCCCAUCUGGAGAAGGCAUCCAGCUGGCCGCAUAGGCGGGACCCAGGGAGGUCGCCAGAGGGCAGCCGUGGGCAGAUUGUGGCCCCCGGUGAAGCGCCCAGCAAGCACAAGGGCUGGCACCGGCAAGGCCUGCGCAGACCUUCCAUCUUGCCUGAGGGCUCUUCAGAUGCAAGAGGUCCAGCCAUGGAAAUAUCCCUUGGCCCCUCAGACACGAUUGUUUUUCGUGAGAAAAAACCAAAAGAGGCAAGGGGAGGCUUUUCAAGACGCUGCUCCAAGCUCAUCAACUCCUCCCAGCUGCUGUACCAGGAGUACAGUGAUGUGGUUCUAAACAAGGAGAUUCAGAGCCAGCAGCGGCUGGAAGGCCUGGUGGAGGCCCCGGGGCCCGCCUCCCCACGACAGCCUCGGAAGGCGCUGGUCUCCUCCGAGUCCUACCUGCAGCGCCUCUCAGUGGCCCCCCGCGGCUCCCUCUGGCAGGAGAUCCCCGUGGUGCGCAAUAGCACCGUGCUGCUGUCCAUGACCCACGAAGACCAAAAACUGCAAGAGGCCAAGUUUGAACUGAUCGUGUCCGAGGCCUCUUACCUGCGCAGUCUAAACAUAGCUGUGGAUCAUUUCCAACUUUCAACCCAACUCCGGGCCACCCUUUCCAACCAGGAACACCAAUGGCUCUUCUCUCGUUUACAGGAUGUGCGCGAUGUCAGCACCCUGUUCCUUUCAGACUUGGAAGAGAACUUCGAGAACAACAUCUUCUCCUUCCAAGUAUGUGAUGUAGUCCUGAACCAUGCCCCAGACUUCCGCCGGGUCUACCUGCCUUAUGUCACCAACCAGACCUAUCAGGAACGCACCUUCCAAAGCCUACUGAAUAGCAGCAGCAGUUUCCGAGAGGUCUUGGAGAAGCUGGAGAGCGACCCUGUCUGCCAGCGCCUUUCCCUCAAGUCCUUCCUGAUCCUGCCCUUCCAGCGCAUCACCCGUCUCAAGCUGUUGCUCCAGAACAUUCUGAAGAGAACACAGCCUGGCUCCUCGGAAGAAGCAGAGUCCACGAAGGCGCACCAUGUCCUGGAGGAGCUGAUCCGAGACUGCAACAACAAUGUCCAGAGAAUGCGACGGACAGAGGAGCUGAUCUACCUGAGCCAGAAGAUUGAGUUUGAGUGCAAAAUAUUCCCGCUUAUUUCGCAGUCACGCUGGCUGGUGAAGAGUGGGGAGCUGACCGCCCUUGAGUUCAGUGUCUCCCCAGGUCUGCGGAGGAAACUGAACACACGUCCAGUCCACCUGCACCUCUUCAAUGACUGUCUGUUGCUGUCCCGGCCCCGAGAGGGGAGCCGAUUCCUGGUGUUUGACCAUGCUCCCUUCUCCUCCAUCCGAGGGGAAAAGUGUGAAAUGAAGCUACAUGGACCCCACAAAAACCUCUUCCGGCUCUUCCUGCUGCACAACACACAAGGCACUCGGGCUGAGUUCCUGUUCCGCACCGAUACUCAAAGUGAGAAGCUCCGAUGGAUCUCAGCCUUGGCCAUGCCAAGAGAGGAGCUGGACCUUCUGGAAUGUUAUGAAUGUCCUCAAGUACUUCACCUUAGGAUUCAGAAAAGUUUCCAGGAGUGUGGUCCAGGGGCAACUAUCUUGAGUCUUUCCCAGAUAAUUCUUCUUCGCACCCACUCUGUUCCCACAGGCUGGCUGGAAGGCAUGAGACUCUCAGAUGGAGAGCGAGGCUGGUUUCCUGUGCAACAAGUGGAGUUCAUUUCCAACCCAGAGGUCCGUGCUCGGAACCUGAAGGAAGCCCAUCGAGUCAAGACCGCCAAACUACAGCUGGUGGAACAGCAAGCCUAGCUGUUCUCUGUAUGGAAGCUGCUGAGCUUAAGAACAAGCUGUUCCUGAAGAGUGCUGGCCCCUGAACCCUGCUGCAGAGGCCUCCUGUGGGCCAAGAAUUGAGCUUUCUGAAAGCACAAGGACAAAACCCAGCUAACCCAGUCGCUCGUCCCAGGCCUUCUCUUUUGUGCUUUGUGCUUGGUGGGGGGAUUUUGAAGGACUUUGUACUGGACUCUGGGAACCUCUUUUCAUAGGAAAAGGGACCAAUGGGGUCUGAGCCUAGGAUCUUUCCUGUACUCAUACAGUAUGUAAACAUUCUCUGCUUCCAGAGCGUAGAUUCAAACCUGGCCAAAGUUUCAGCCGUGGCCACAUGUUAAAAAGAAUCUGACCUCAGUCCACUGGAAGGAGUGGUUUAAGGGGAAGUAACACAUUAGAUGAGUGCGUCAACCUGGUGACUUCUAAGGUAUCUUCCAACUCUAGACAUUAUCCAUAAUAUUUGUGUGAGGUCAGUGUAUGCAUCUCUGAGAUCUGUGUCUAUUGGUGACAAUGUGAGGGUAAUACUCUCUCACUCUAAUAAACUUGGCACUUCUCUGAGUGA